CACUGCAGCGCCGCCAGGUGUCGUUCCCACUACGCUGACUAGUAGUCAGGCACUGCGAAGGAGUUUGGAACUCAUCGUCAAGGAAUAUUUCAAAAUGGCGGACCAACCAAAACAUAAUGCACCACACGGAAUGGAACCGUACGAUUUGGGUAAAAAUUCGGAUCUUGGUGCCCUCAGCGCAGAGCAACAGGAGAGACUAAACAAGUUUAAGGUGCAGACAAGGAUGGCAAAUGAGAAGUAUCUGCGCGACCACCCGGAGGUUGAGUGCCUGCUAGCUGGCUUCCUGGGUGAUGUUCUGAAGAAGAGGCCUGACAAUAUCCGGGAAUUUGCUGCAGACUACUUUACGGAACCAGGACUUCCUGACAAAGUUCAGACACAAAUGGAGGAGAGACAGGCCAAGAUCAAACAGAACCGAAUACUGCAGAAGAUAUAGCCUACUGCGUGACUGUGGCUGGCAUCUGGUAGUUGGAGGAGAGCGAUGUGGACCAAUGUUCUGUCAUUUAUCUCAAACUGUGUUCAUCAAAUGUCAAUCAUUUAAAAACAUAAGUUUGUCAAUCAUAAAGCCUAAUGUUUAAGAUGCAACCAGGGCCUUUGUAGCAGUAACCAUGGUAACACCUAUCAACAGUACUUGCCCAAGAGCUUCCCCUGUUUCAUCAUUUUUUGUAUUCUGCCAAUGGUAUUAACUUGUUAAGUGUAGGAGUUUGAAGGUCUCAUAAUUUCCUUUUGCUAUGUGGAGUUGAAAUGUUGUCCAUCAAUGUCAGCAUGACUGUUGAGCUCCAGGGCUGUGUUUGUGUGUUGGGCCACACAAACAAGAUGGCGACUGUGUGCAGGCCUUGUUUGUUGUGAUAUAAUAAAUGGGAAAUGUUUGUAAAGCAUCCAGCAUGUCCUUCUAGUGCCUGUUUGUAUGGGCGGGAGGGUUGUCAUCCUUGUCAUAUCUCAGGCAGUAAAUUACCUUUUUGUGCAUAAUCCUUUUGUAGCAUUUACCUCUGUUAUUUACCACAUGUAUUUUUAUUUUGAUAGUUUGACACUUUCAGUUUUCUUUCUCCUGUAUGUCUGGUCUACCUGGAUGAUGUUGGUAUUGUAGGGUCAGCAGUGGAUGAACAGGUGACAGGGGGUUUCGUGGAAGGGGAGACAAAUCUUGCUGUCUUAAAGUGUCAGGCAGGUUAUCCCUCUGAGUGGGUGUUGAGUAGUUUUGACAUUCAUAACAGCAGUAUACAUCUUUAACCACUAGUCUUGUCAAAUGUCUUUGAGUCUACAAAGGUCAGUUCAAAAUAGUCCAUAAAUUUAAUAAAAUCCCUUACAAAGGGAUUCCAAGAGAUGGUUUCAGGCAAGAAGAAAAGUAUUUUGCAAACACUGUAUUAACUAACUGUCACUGUGCUCUGACCUUUUGGAAGGAAGGAAGAUUCAUCACAUACAAUAUUUCAUAUACAGUAAACUACGGUUACAACAAACUCAAAGGGACCACCAAUUUUAGUUCGUUAUAACAGUACUUCGUUAUAAGCAUAUAUACAGCAAAUGGACUCAAAAACAGUUCUUUAUAUCUGUAAGUUUGUUGUAGCUGUGUUUGCUACAACCAUAGUUUACUGUAUCUAGAGAGCAGUUUCUUGCUGGAAUAGAAUUAUGUAAAGCAUGUUAUGUUUCAUAUACAUGGUAGAGUCAUUCCUGUUGGAAUUAAUGUAUGAUUUAGACCAUUCCCUUGUGGUGUUAUCAGGAGGGUGAAGGUGCCACUCCACCAGUGCCUAUAUGUGAUGCAGAGCAUCCUCUAUCCCCCCUCUGAAGCUUUUGUCUCACUUCAUUGAAAGCCAUGGGCAAGAGAGUCAACAGAGUGAUAUCUUUAUAACAUAGUUUUGUGAUAUGUGUUAUUCUUGUUGCUUUUAAUUUAUACAAAAUUGAAUAAAAUACUGGUACUUGUG